AAAGUGACCGGAAUUUCCACUUGUAAAAACACAAAGGUUCUAGCAAUGUUGAAAAAUUCAAUGCUAGCAAUGUUUUAAAACUAGAAAUCUAAUUGUUUCCUUACAGAGAGCUGCUUGAUACCACGUGCCGGAUUGCCAACACACUGAAGAAGCAUGGCAUAAAGAAAGGGGAUAGAGUGGCCAUUUACAUGCCUGUGUCACCCCUAGCUGUGGCAUCCAUGCUAGCCUGUGCCAGAAUCGGUGCAGUGCAUACUAUAGUGUUCGCUGGCUUCAGUGCUGAAUCUUUGUCAGGAAGAAUCAAUGACGCAAGCUGCAAAGCCGUCAUCACUUUCAACCAGGGUCUGAGGGGUGGAAGAAUGGUAGAACUGAAGAAGACUGUGGAUGAAGCUGUCAAGAGUUGCCCUUCGAUCAAACAUGUAUUUGUUGCUCAGAGAACUGAGAAUAAAGUCCAUAUGGGUACUCUUGACAUACCUCUUGAAGAAGAGAUGGCUAGAGCAGAUCCCAUCUGCCCUCCCGAAACCAUGAACAGCGAAGACAUGCUAUUCAUGCUGUACACCUCGGGUAGUACAGGGAAGCCAAAGGGCAUUGUGCACACACAAGCUGGCUACCUUCUCUAUGCUUCCCUGACACAUAAGUACGUGUUUGAUUACAGUCAAGGAGAUGUGUUUGGCUGUGUAGCUGACAUUGGCUGGAUAACAGGGCACAGUUAUGUUGUGUAUGGACCCCUCUGUAAUGGGGCCACCAGUGUGCUAUUUGAGAGCACUCCAACUUAUCCAAAUCCAGGGCGGUACUGGGAAACGGUGGAAAGGUUGAAGAUUAAUCAGUUUUAUACAGCACCAACAGCUAUACGUCUUCUGCUGAAAUAUGGAGAUGAGUGGGUGAAGAAAUAUAACAGGUCAUCUCUGAAAAUGUUGGGAUCAGUGGGUGAGCCAAUAAACCACGAAGCGUGGGAAUGGUUUUACAAUGUGGUUGGGGAGAGAAGAUGCACCCUUGUGGACACCUGGUGGCAGACAGAGACUGGUGGAAUCUGCAUCUCCCCUCGUCCCUCCGAGCAAGAAGGUGAGGUUAUCCCUGGCAUGGCUAUGAGGCCUUUCUUAGGCAUAAGACCUGAGCUUCUAGAUGAACAGGGAAAGGUCAUUGAAGGUGGCGAUGUUUCUGGUGCUCUGUGUAUUGCACAACCAUGGCCUGGCAUGGCAAGAACCAUCUAUGGAGAUCAUCAGAGAUUUGUGGAUGCUUACUUCAAAGCAUAUCCAGGCUACUAUUUUACUGGAGAUGGAGCUCACAGGACAAAUGAAGGGUAUUAUCAGAUAACAGGACGAAUGGAUGAUGUAAUAAAUAUCAGCGGGCAUCGGUUGGGAACAGCAGAAAUUGAGGACGCAUUGGAUGAGCAUCCCGAUGUUCCAGAAACUGCUGUUAUUGGUUUCCCGCAUGACAUCAAGGGAGAAGCUGCAUUUGCCUUUGUUGUAUUAAAAGAUGAUGUAAAAGAGCCAGAAAAAGAUAUUAAAGAGGACCUUAAAGCGAUAGUAGCCACAAAAAUAGCAAAAUAUGCUGUUCCCGACCAUAUUCUGAUGGUGAAACGCCUUCCCAAAACUCGAUCAGGGAAAAUCAUGCGGCGUGUACUGAGGAAGAUCGCCACUGGCUACACUGAGGAUCUUGGAGAUAUAACCACCCUGGAGGAUCCAGUCAUUAUUACAGAAAUACUGGAAGCAUAUCAAAAAUACAAAUCAGAACAGACAAACAAAUAA